AUCUAAUAAUCCUAGUCGAGUAACGACUGUUUGGAUCUCUUACUAUUCCAUCUACGACGAACAAACCUAUUGGAAAUAAAAGAGAAAUGUCUGCUGCUCAGAGGAAAGCGCCGUCAAAGGCUGUUCAGCUCGCUAUCGAUGCCGGCGCACCCACUAUUGACCCUAGCACUUUGCGAGACGUGACGGACAUCUCUCCAGAGACGGUGACGGAGAGUGUGAUUGCCAUCAACUCGCAAUGCAAGAAUGAAAGGCAGAAAUUCCUGAUAAACAACCUAGUGCGGCACUUGCACGACUACGCUCGCGAGACCAACCUCACAACCGAGGAAUGGAUGACAGCGAUCCAGUUCCUGACUGCGACGGGGCAGAAGUGGUCUUCCAUUCGACAUGAGUUCAUCCUCCUCAGUGACGUACUGGGUGUCUCGGCGCUUCAGAACACGGUGCUAGGUCCCUUGUUCACCGAGGACGCGAAUGACUUGUAUCCCACUGCUGCCGGCUCCGCACUCGGCCCUAUGGCCUCCGAAGGCAAAGGUGACCCGCUGCUCGUUACCCUCCGUGUGCUGGACACGCAAGGUCGUCCCGUACCUGGCGCGCGGGUGGAGAUGUGGGAGACGGAUGCAGAGGGGUUCUACGAUACGCAGUAUGAGGGGCGAACGGGGCCGGACUGCCGUGGGAGGCUGAAGACGCAAGAAGAUGGCGUGUGCGAGUUCUGGGCCGUCGUCCCCGUUGCGUAUCCUAUUCCGAGCGAUGGCCCGGUUGGAAGCCUCCUUCGCAGCUUGCACACAUCAUGGCCAUCUACACCGCCUAUGUUCCUGCCUGCCGGAGACGACCCCAUUGUAGGACUGCGGCCGGGCAUACCUUGCAAUGCAGAACUGUUCCAAACCCGAGCGAGACUGAACCGGACUGCGACCAUCCCUAAUCGGGACAUGUCCCGAGGUCAUAAAAACGAGGUAUGAAAUGCGGUGACUACUGGAUGGCUCACCUUACCACUCCAGCACCGACCUCCCAGGAUAAUCUGAAACGCCGCUUCUAGACCGGCCUAUAAUAGAUUAACUGAAGUAUGUGGAGCAUGGCGACGUUUGUCAUGGCAUGGGCGACAAGCACAGCUAUCCGUCUAUGGGUAUGUGCCAGCGGACGGAUAAAUCUAUUCCUGGGGUGGGCUGUUGCCAUGUCAACUCGGGGUCAUGGGAACCGAUCGCGUGUGAGGGGAGAGUCGUCUGAUCUAGCUAUAUCCUGCGCUCAAUUGAAAGUGGACUGCAUUUUUCAUCAUGUCCUACUGAAACAUGAUUCAUGGCAUGGCCGAUGCAUGUCUAUGCUAAAUGCAACACAGGUAUUUACAGACAAUAGAAA